AUGCCCCGAAAGGACAGUACCCUCUUUGCGUGCCAUUGCACCACUUAUCAAUGCAAAGGAGCGUACAUCAGUCCGAAGGAGCAUAGGUCCCACAAACGCUACGACGAGCAACUGAAGAAGAGUGAAGAACGGAAGGCGAUCCAGAAUGCGAGAGGAAAGGCAUAUAUAGACCAUACCUGGCCAGCCAAUGGACUAGCCCAGACAGGAAGUGGCUCAGACGAUGCGACAAAAAUUUCAGAACAAGUCUUCGCGAUGACAUUGACGGAGGACGUACUGCUCGCUCCGUCUGCGUCAUCGUUGGACGGAAGUUGGCAGCGGCAAAAUGCGAGUAUAGGAACAGCAACAAACGCGAAAGCAGAACCUGACGGUCCACCUACUCGUGCACCAGAGCAACCGACUCCCGCAGUACCUCCUGUGACGUCAAUCGGCAGCCACUUUGCGACCGCGAAUGGAACAUACGAAAAGCUCUAUUUCCUGGACCUCGAGAUGGACUUGUGCAUGCGUGAAUGCGUGACAUUGUGUCGCGAAGGCAUGAACUCUCCGCAAGGCAGCAAAGCUGCUUUGAAGAUUUCAAGAGAGUUGGAGGGGGAGGAGGGCUGGUUAGAGAGCGCAGAGAAACUGGUGAUUUGCACUCAGGACGGGCCUCAUAAUAAUGCCUCAUCACUGUUGCAUGAUGCGAUGCUGGAACGGCUGAAGAAGCAUCGGAAGCAGCUGAAACAGUACCGACACCAA